AGGGGACGGGGGUGUCCCGCGGCUCGGCGGCUCGGGGAGCGAUUGGGUAGGAUGGGCGAGCGGCUCCCUGCUGGGCUCGGCAGGCUCCGCGAUCCCACAGCAGCGCCCGCCCCGAGCCGCUCCGAGCCGCUCCGCUCCGCCACCGGCCCCGGCCCCGGCCCCGGCCCCGGCCGCCGCCAUGGCGCAGCCCGCGGCGCCCUUGGGUGCCGCCCUGCUGCUCGUCCUGCUGGCGGCGGACUCCUCGCAGACCGUGCUGCUGCGCGCCCCCGAGGCUGCCCAGUUCCUGCGGCAGAGGCAGCGGCGAGCCUACCAGAUCUUCGAGGAGACCAAGCAAGGGCACCUGGAGAGGGAGUGCGUGGAGGAGCACUGCAGCAAGGAGGAGGCCCGGGAGGUCUUCGAGAACGACCCCGAGACGGAAUACUUUUACCCGAAAUACUUGGCUUGUAUUCAGAAAUAUGGGUCGCCGUAUACAAGAAGUCCAGAUUUCCUUACGUGCGUUCACAAUUUGCCAAACCAGUGUUCUCCUGAUCCUUGUUACAAAGAGGGAACUGUCAAAUGUGAAGAUCUCAAGGGGGACUUCUAUUGUGAAUGCAAACGUGGCUGGCAGGGAGAAAUAUGUGACAAAGAUAUCGAUGAAUGCAAAGUGCAGCACGGUGGCUGUAACCAGAUCUGUCUCAACAAGCUCGGCAGCUACCGUUGCUCAUGCUACAGUGGUUAUGCCCUUAAAGACAGCAAAACAUGUGAAGACAUAGAUGAGUGUGCAGCAUCAGCAGACAUCUGUGGAGAAGCUCGCUGUAAAAAUUUGAUAAGCUCAUAUGAAUGUCUUUGUGAUGCAGGCUACAAGUACAAUGAGUUGAGAAAGACUUGUGAUGAUAUAAAUGAAUGUGAACAACAGCUCUGUGAACAGACCUGUGUCAACUCACCAGGGAGUUAUACCUGUCACUGUGAUGGCAGAGGGGGAGUAAAACUUUCCCAGGACAUGAAUACAUGUGAGAACAUAAUGCCAUGUGUGCCUUUUGCUGUUGCAAAAAGCGUUAAGUCCUUAUACCUGGGGAGGAUGUUCAGUGGGACUCCUGUCAUCAGACUGCGCUUUAAAAGGAAACAACCGACAAGACUUGUGGCUGAGUUCGACUUUAGAACCUUUGAUCCUGAAGGUAUCCUUUUCUUUGCUGGAGGCCAUCAAGACAGCACAUGGGUAGUCUUGGCUUUGCGCAAGGGACGGUUAGAGCUGCAGCUGAAAUACAACGGAAUAGGCCGCGUGACCAGCAGCGGACCACUUAUCAACCAUGGCAUGUGGCAGACGAUCUCUGUUGAAGAACUCGAGAGAAGCUUGGUUAUAAAGGUCAACAGGGAUGCAGUUAUGAAAAUAGCUGUCUCAGGUGAUCUGUUUACUCUAGACAAAGGACUGUAUCAGCUGAAUCUGACAGUAGGAGGCAUCCCUUUCAAAACAAAGGACCUUGUUCUGCCAAUAAACCCUCGUCUGGAUGGUUGCAUGCGAGCAUGGAACUGGCUGAAUGGGGAGGACAGCACUAUCCAAGAGACCAUAAGGAUGAAUGAAAGGAUGCAGUGCUUUUCUGUAGCAGGACGAGGGUCUUUCUAUCCUGGUCGAGGUUUUGCUGUAUUUAAUCUUACUUACAUGCAACCUUCUUCGGGAAAUGAAACCAAGACAAGUUGGAAAAUAGAACUAAAUGCUGCAAUUCAGCCAGCAACAGACACCGGUGUGCUCUUUGCUCUGGUUACAGAAGAAGCAUCUGUCCCUUUAUCACUAUCUCUGAUUGACUAUCACUCCACAAAGAAACUGAAACAACAGUUCGUCAUCUUGGCCUUGGAGCACACAGUUGUGUCCAGACUGGCAAUAAAUCUCUGCGAUAAGAAGGAACACUCUGUUAACAUCCUUGUCAAGAAGGACCAGCUAUCCCUGAGGGUAGAUGGGAUGGCAGGAGAGAGUGAAUUAAGCACUUCUGAGUUAGAGGACAGCCUGUCCAUCUUGGAGAGCUCUUUGCAAUCAACAGUGAAGACAUAUGUGGGAGGAUUGCCAGAUGUUCCUGUCACCUCUACUCCGGUCACGGCGUUCUACCACGGCUGCAUGACUGUGAAGCUGAACAGCAAGGCACUGGACUUGGACGAGGCACUGUACAAGCACAGCGACAUCACGUCACACUCUUGUCCUCCAGUUGAGGCGGGUCCGUAGGUACCACUGCAAUGCGAAAGUUUUAUACUAGGAAACUUUCAAUGCUUUUCUUUUUUUUUAAAGAUAUAAAUUAUUCAGACCUACCGCACUGCGUGUAUAGUUUCUCUUAAACACUGAAGUUACGUAGGAGCUACUGAUCCUUAUGUCAGAUUGAUUAUUGAAAUACUCCUUUGCUUUGAGGUUUAAAGGUUGUAAUAUAUUUGUAAAUAGUUCAGAAGACUAAUAUUAAAAAAGCCAAAAGUACAGAAUAUACCUAAAUGAAUGUCAUGUUUAAGCUGUAAGAGACAGUUUUAUCCAGAAUGUGGAAAACCUGGUAAUAUAUGAGUGUGGACUGGAAGAAAAAUAAUAAUUCUGUAUUAUUUUUAUUACCAACACCGCUUUCUGAUUUGCAAAGUAUGAGAGAAUAAAAUAUUUACAUACAAGUUUUUAAUUUA